AUGAGAGUCUCAUUCAUUGUUCAGCUCCACCAGGCCAACCUCGCCUCGUCAAUCAGCAAGAACCCUCUGACGUACGCUGAGUUUCACUAUGACUCUCAGCGUCAUCGAAGUUCUACCAGGCUGACCAGCUCCGGCCCGGAAUGGAACGAGAUAUUCUUCUUUGACAUGGUUGGCGACGACAGCCCGACCCUCUCAGUCUCUCUCCACCAGGUUGACAAGGACGGCAACGGAGACAAGGCAGGCGAAUGCAACAUUAGCCUCUCCGACCUCCGUGCAGAGCUGACUUCGGAGAGAUGGUUUGAACUGACUAGCUCGACAUCUUCAUUAUCCUCUGAGGGUGAAGUGGGUUGCGGCAUUUGCUUGUCGGUACAGCACGUGGAUGGUCAGAAGCUGAAUGAUAUGUUCAAGUCGAAAAUGCCGAGGUCUGUCCCAGACGAGAGGAUGUUGAAAAAGCUGGCAGAGCAGGGGAAAGGAUUCAUUGAAGUGUCUGUUGUUGGAGGACAAAACUUCUUCUCAGUACAAGACAGCACAAAAAACAUCAGCCUUGCCGGCAACAACUCCCACAACCACACGCACAACAGCAGCAGCAGCCACAGCAGCAGCAGCGGCAACAUGGAUUGUUAUGCUCAAGUGAGAGUAGGAGGAGAGAGUUUCACCUCUAGAGUGAUGAAGAAGAGCUCGUCGCCAUUCUGGAACGAGAGGUUCUCAUUUGCAUACGAGCAGCUCCCCGGGAUGAUAGAGAUAGACGUUAAGGAGAGGAGGCAGGACGGCGACAGGGUUGUGGGAACUUGCAUGAUACGAAUCGACGAGCUGCCUGCGGGAGAGGAGGUGCAGCGGUGCUGUAUCUUGCGUUUGCGGGAUGGAAGGAGGAGGUGGAAUGACAGGAGGCAAGCUGUGCUGCGGGUAGCUAUGAACCUCUUUCAGAGGUCAUCGAUGAAGGUUGAGGUACCCCGUGUGGAUGUUCUCAAGGUCAAGGAGGAGAGGGCUUCCUCCGGCAGAGGCGCCUGCUCUAUUGUAGUCCUUGCAGCGAGCAUAGUCUCCUCCUCCUACUGGGAGCAGCAAUCGUCUUCCUUCUUCAUUGAGCUCCUCACCAACGAGACAAGGACGUACACGUAUGUGGAUCAGCACCUCUGCUCCCCUACCUGGAAUUCUCCCUUCCUUAUCGACCUCGAGGCGGAUGCUCAGGUUGUCCAGGUGGUAGUGAAGAGGAAGAGCUCUUCUCUGGACCAGCGCAAGCAAGACGCCGUCGUCGCGCAGACCUCUCUUGUCCUCGCUGACAUGUUCCAUCAGCCGCAUGCGGCAUGGUACGAGCUGCGAGGAGAGGACGGGGAGGUUGCGGCGAGCAUCAGGCUACUGACGCACAUGCUCUGUGCUCCUCGGCUGAAGCUCAAUUAUCCUCAUAGGAACGUUCACCAAAUGAAAAUGAACGAUGCCAAGGGGAUCGGAUGUUUGGAGGUGAUAGUGGUCGCAGCGAGGGACAUUCCUGUGGAGAAGGAGACGGGGAGGAGGGAGACGACGCUGGCAGUCAAGGCUGGGAGGAGCAAGAUGGUCAUAGAGGGAAGAGGAGGGUCAAACCCUGUAUGGAACCAUCCGGUUGCUCUUGAUAUCGAUUACGGAGUGAGGAAUAUCACGAUUGAGGUGAGGAGGAGGGAGGAUAUUUGA